UCAGCCGGGCAAUUUAUGAACCUGAAACAUACCUAGUCCCUGUCCAUUUUAGAGUCCAAUGCAUACAAUCCUUGCUUUCCUUCCCUUGCCCCUCAAGGGCCUUUGCCAGUAUCUCAUGCCCCAAAUCCCCUGAAAUGCAUAAUUGUCUUGAUACAUAGUUUUGUGUAUUGUCAGCCCCCACAUGGUAGGUGUUGAGCAAGUUGCUGUAUGACUUAAAUUUUUAUAGGCUACAUACUACUCUUUCUAAUACGCUAACAACGUUGGAAAUCCAGUCUAUUUCUGAACAUUUAUAACACUGCGAGGAAGUUUCUGUUGAAAUCCUUGCGUUCCCGGUUUAUUUUCCCAGCGCAGUCCUCUAAGUGGGUUUAAAGGUGAACACCUUUUGAAGGCUUUUCAUACAUACUGCCAAGCUGCUUUCUGGCAUUGCGCCCGUUUCUAUUCCAAACAGCAGUUAGGAUGGGCCGCCUGCAUCCUUGUUCUCUGGGUGUUAAGAAAACCUUGGCCUUAGAACUUUUGGUUUGUGGUGCAGUUGUUAGGACGGACUCCGCUGCCUUGUCCUUGUUCGGCCACUAGGAGCUCCUCUGUAGACUCUUCUGGGGUAAAUGUGAUGGAAGCACUUUGGACUAUGGACUGGUACUGGCUCCGGGCGCUCACACAGCAGGAGCUCUCUGCGCAGGCGCGCGGGGGGGGGGCGGGGUUCCUCGCUGGAGACCCGAGGAGGCGGAGCGGCGUGGAGCGGUGGCCAAUCACAAACCAAAGCGCCGGUGCCGCGCCCCUCAGGUCCGCAUCUUAAAGGACAAGGAACCAUGACUUCCAAUCACGAGUGGUCUCCCUUCAUUAGUCUUACUCCCUUCGUUAGAGUCCUAAGCCCUUCCGAGCCUUAGAGCGUGGAAGGGACGGACAUGGCGCCCACUCAAGCCCCCACCCGGCCCCAUCCCCACAGGCCGACGCGGCCCCUUUAAGAGUCUCGCUGGCCCGAACACCUCGAGGUCGCGGCGUUUCCCGGCGCCUCGGGCCGCCCUCCAUUGGCGCUGCGGACGCACUCCCGGCCAUGCGGGCGCUGCGGGCUGCCCUGACCCUGGCGCUGGGCGCCGGCCUGGGCGCGGCGGCCGAGGGCUGGCGGCGGCGGCGGGCAGAUGCGCGGCCGGCGCCGGGGCUGCUGGGCCGGCUGCCAGUGCUGCCCGUGGCGGCGGCGGCCGAGCUGCCCGUCGUGCCCGCCGGACCCGGGGCCCUGGCGGGCGGCGGCCCCGGCGAGCUGGCCAAGUACGGGCUGCCCGGGCUGGCGCAGCUCAAGAGCCGCGAGUCGUACGUGCUGUGCUACGACCCGCGCACCCGCUGCGCGCUCUGGGUGGUGGAGCAGCUGCGGCCCGAGCGCCUCCGCGGCGACGGCGACCGCCGCUCGUGCGACUUCCGCGAGGACGAGUCGGUGCACGCGUACCACCGCGCCACCAACGCCGACUACCGCGGCAGCGGCUUCGACCGCGGCCACCUGGCCGCCGCCGCCAACCACCGCUGGAGCCAGAAAGCCAUGGACGACACCUUCUACCUGAGCAACAUCGCGCCCCAGGUGCCCCACCUCAACCAGAAUGCCUGGAACAACCUGGAGAAGUACAGCCGGAGCUUGACCCGCACCUACCAAAACGUCUAUGUCUGCACAGGGCCGCUCUUCCUGCCCAAGACAGAGGCUGAUGGGAAAUCCUAUGUGAAGUACCAGGUCAUCGGCAAGAACCAUGUGGCAGUGCCCACCCACUUCUUCAAGGUGCUGAUCCUGGAGGCAGCAGGCGGGCAAAUCGAACUUCGCUCCUAUGUGAUGCCCAAUGCGCCCGUGGACGAGGCAAUCCCGCUGGAGCGCUUCCUGGUGCCCAUCGAGAGCAUCGAGCGGGCCUCGGGGCUGCUCUUUGUGCCGAAUAUCCUGGCAAGGGCAGGCAGCCUCAAGGCCAUCACCGCCGGCAGCAAGUGAGGGCAGCAGCCCAGCCAGACUGAGGGUGUGUGGCUGGGUCGCAUUAAAGAUGGUUAUUUUUGGA